CUUAAACAUAGACGGUCACCGUAGCAGCCAGGAAAGUCGAGAGCAUUUCUGGUGUAUACCGGUACUCGGGGGAAAUUACCUGACAUCUAUUCUUUAGCUAAAAAAAAGCUUGGUUAACAACAAAUAUAUGCUGCUUUAAUUACUCAGAAUGACAAGUAAAACGGAGGCAGUUUCGGGCUCUUGACAUCCUCGGAGUUAGCUAACUUAACUUAGCUUAAAGCAACACAAACGUUAGCUUUACGCUAGUUGUUAGUUUGUUGGGGUUUCUUUGUCCAUUAUUUUUUGGUGAUACAGUGCCCGUUAACUGUCCCGACGCUUACUUAUCACCAGGAUAGCGUCAACACCACCAGAAGCUAAAAAGGUCGCAAGUAAAGUCGUUGUCCGAGAUUUUUUAAAACGUUGCUCACGACUCUACUUUAGCAGACUUAACUUAAAGGAUUUAUACUUGAACGGAAAUAAACACCGGGCAUUAACUUAGCGUUACCUAUACCCAGGAACUGAAUGGCCUCCAUUGUUGCAGUGAAAACUGAGAAGCGACCUGCAGCUGAUAAUCAGGAUGCAGACACAAAUGCAAAGAAGCCCAGGAAACUGCUACCCAGCCUGAAGACCAAGCGGGCCCCUGAGCUCGUCCUGGUGAUCGGCACGGGGGUGAGCUCCGCAGUGGCCCCUCAAGUCCCCGCUCUCCGCUCCUGGAAGGGCCUCAUUCAGGCCUUGCUGGAUGCAGCCAACGACUUUGACCUACUAGAGGAGGAGGAGAGUCGGCGUUUCCAGAAGCAUAUGCAGGAAGAUAAGAAUUUGGUGCAUGUGGCACAUGACCUCAUUCAGAAACUUUCCCCGAGGACAGGCAACGUGCGAUCCACGUUCUUCAAGGACUGUCUAUAUGAGGUGUUUGACGAUUUGGAGUGUAAGAUGGAGCAUGCUGGGAAACAUCUGCUGCGAUCAGUGCUGCAUCUGAUGGAGAGCGGCGCCCUGGUUCUCACCACUAACUUUGACAACCUGUUGGAGAUCUAUGCCGCUCACCAGGGCACCAAGCUGGAGUCUUUGGACCUGACAGACGAGAAGAAGGUGUUGGAGUGGGCUCAGGAGAAACGGAGGCUAAGUGUUCUGCAUAUCCAUGGCGUUUACACCAACCCAAGUGGUAUUGUACUGCACCCUGCAGGCUACCAGAAUGUACUGAGGAACACUGAAGUCAUGCGCGAGAUCCAGAAGCUGUACGAGACCAAAUCCUUUGUGUUUCUCGGCUGCGGACGCACAGUAGACGACACCACCUUCCAGGCGCUUUUCCUGGAGGCGGUGAAGCACAAGUCGGACCUGGAACACUUCAUGCUCGUACGGCGAGAGGACGUGGGAGAGUUCAAGAAGCUGCGCGACAACAUGCUGGACAAGGGCAUCAAGGUGAUCUCCUAUGGAGACGAGUACGCCGACCUGCCUGAGUACUUCGAGAGGCUGGCCAACGAGAUCUGCAACCGCGACGUGUCGACCAACGGCUGGGUGUCUCCUUCACAAACUGGGGAAGAACAGCAAAACGGCUUUAACACACAGAAAAGCCUCCUUCAAGACCAUCACUCUUGACAGGCACACAGUCGGGAUCAGUAUCAGUCAUUUUCCUCCACAGCUCCGCCUUGAGAUCAGUGUACUCGAGUCUCAUUUCCAUCAAUGGAUUUAGGAAAACUGGACCACGGGAGACCUAGAAGCUGGUUGAGUGUUUGCAGGUGUCUGAAUGUUCCUUUAUUAGUUCUGGUGUAAAAAGGGAAAGGAGAAGUUUAAAGUAACCAUCAAGGCCAACUGUUUUUAACUGUUGCUGCUGUACUGACUGAGUCGCCAACUUAAUUUCGUUGUAUGUUCGUACAAUGACAAACAUCCUAUCCUUAAAAACCCAACCUCAGUUCCACUGCAUGUAAAUGUUUAACAUUUGGGAAGCUGCAGUGAAUGUUUUGAAUAUGCAGAUGAUGGAUUAGUAAAUUCUCACUUCAGCCUGACAAAAAAAAUAUAAAUCCGAGUCCACUGACAGAACGGACUGUGCUGCAUUGAUUCAUUGUUUAGAUGACAAUACAAAGUCCAUCACCUCGACCUGUGAGAGAAGUUGUAGGUGCGAGCUGUAAUGUAAACUGUCUGUUCUGUGAUGCUCAGCCCCGACACCAGUAACACUUGAUUUGCACACUACUGGACCGGGACUUGGGAUGGACGGUUACUUGGUUUGCAAACAUGAUUCUGUCCUCCGCUGUUCAGAAGAGGAUGUUUUCAUAGCAGACGUCUCCCAGCCAGUAGCAAUCACUUUGCCACUCCUGCGCUGAAAAUGUUCUUUGUAAGCCUUUUUUUUGUAAUUUUUUUUUUUUUUUUUUUUUUUUAAUACUACCAUGUAUUUUCUGACAUAGUAUUUAUAAGUACUACUUUCAAAAUAAAGAUUUUGGUAUCCCAUUUGUCGUGUUUGCAUUUCUAACGACGAU